UCUCUCGGCCUUUCGCAGAACCACCAUCUGAGAGGUGUCAGUGUAACUUUUCGGUAGUGUCCAGAAUCGGACUCAUCCGACACUUUCACCGUCGUUUUCUUCCUUUUUGGAGUCUAUACAUCAUCAAGGAUGCCUCCCAAGUUCGAUCCCAACGAGAUCAAAAUCGUUUGCCUGAGAGCUGUCGGUGGUGAGGUCGGUGCAACCUCUUCGCUCGCCCCUAAAGUGGGCCCCCUCGGCCUGUCCCCCAAGAAAGUCGGUGACGACAUUGCCAAGGCCACGCAAGAUUGGAAGGGGCUGAAGAUCACGGUGAAGCUGACCAUCCAGAACCGCCAGGCACAAGUCUCGGUUGUCCCCUCGGCCUCCUCCAUGAUCAUCAAGGCGCUGAAGGAACCGCCCCGCGACCGCAAGAAGGUCAAGAACAUCAAGCACAAUGGCAACAUAGCCUUUGACGAGGUUGUCAAGAUCGCCCGCACCAUGCGGGAGCGCUCCAUGGCCCGAGAGCUAUCUGGCACCGUCAAGGAGAUCCUGGGCACGGCGCAGUCAGUGGGCUGCACGGUGGACGGCAUGAACCCGCACGACGUCAUCGAGAAGAUCAACAAUGAAGAAAUUGAAGUUCCAGAGGAAUAAACACAACAGGUCUUUUUAGCCCCGUGCCGUGCUGUAGCCUGAACCAUGUAUAUAUACAUCCUGCAUGGUGAUGACCGUUGAAAAGGACCGUGUCAGGCUGAAGAUGCAAGUUUAUUCAACAAGUCGGGGAAAUGUCGUGGAAGAAUUAAAGAAGCAGAGCUUAUAAAAACUGAAA